GAUGAAGUGCAAGCCGAACCAGACGCGCACCUACGACCCCGAGGGCUUCAAGCAGCGCGCCGCGUGCCUGUGCUUCCGCAGCGAGCGCGAGGACGAGGUGCUGCUGGUGAGCAGCAGCCGCCACCCGGACCGCUGGAUCGUGCCCGGCGGGGGCAUGGAGCCCGAGGAGGAGCCGUGCGGCGCGGCCGUGCGCGAGGUGUACGAGGAGGCGGGCGUCAGGGGCAAGUUGGGCCGGCUGCUGGGCGUCUUCGAGCAGAACCAGGCCCGCAAGCACCGCACCUACGUGUAUGUGCUGACCGUCACCGAGCUGCUGGAGGACUGGGAGGACUCGGUGAACAUCGGCAGGAAGCGCGAGUGGUUCAAAGUCGACGAUGCCAUCAAGGUGCUGCAGUGCCACAAGCCGGUGCACGCCGAGUACCUGCAGAAGCUCCGGCGGGGUGGCUCCCCAGCGCGUGGCAACUGCGUGGCCUCCUCGCCGCUGCCGCCGCCGCCGCCGCCGCCACCCCCGGCCGGCCAGCUCUGGUGAAUGGCAUAAAUGUUCUUCAGAUUUACUUUGAAAGAAUCGAGUAUGUGACCCCAGUGGUGAAUGGAAUUGUGAAGCACAGGUGAGCUCUCGCCACUGCCAAGGACUCAGUCCACCCUCUGCUCUUGGAGACUUCUUGCUUUUCUAGUACGAUUGCUCUUCUGCGGGUUCUUGCACUAGCACUGUAUCUAUAAGGAAUUCUAAUUUGGCACUUAAGACUUUUUUUUGUGCUUUUGUGGUAAUUUGUCCCAUGUUUCCCUUCAGAUUAAAUGGCCCUCAAUGCAAGGAAUUGUUUCCUUAGCCUUUUGAUAAUAUCUAGCAUACAAGACACUGCUUGAAACACAGUAGGUAUCACUGAAGGUUUGUUUAAACAGUUCAUAUUUUGUAAUGGCAUUGAAUGGUAAAUCAUUUGCCUUCUAAUCUCUCUAGCAUAUAUGUGGCUUUUGUAUAGUUCAGGUAUCACACAGUUGUCUUAAUUCAGCUGUGAGAUAAUAGCAAAACUUCUCACACUCAUGUUUUUUCCCACCUAAUCGCAGUAUACUACACCCCCUGUGGAAUAUACUUGCCAGAAUUUUAAGCCUAAAUUUCAUCAUGCCUUUAGAUAUAAUUCUAAUCCAUAGAAAAUACAAGGGACUGAACAAAAUCUUACUCUACACCACAAAGAGGAGAUCAGCAGAAUCCAGACUGCAGGAAAUACAGGACAAGUGACCCAGUUUCUUCAGCAAAUAAAUUGCAAGAAGGAAAGAAGAUGAAUCUACAUAUUAAAAGAUAGUUGAGAGACAUGUUAAUUAAAUAUGUAGAUCUGAUUUGGGUCCUUAUUUGAACACACUGUAAAAUUAAUGCAUUUGUAAGACAAUCGAAAUAAUUUGAACCUUUCCUGCAUAAUUUGUUAGUUGGGAUAAAUGGUAUCGUGGUUGUGCUAGAUAAAAGAUUCCUUAUCUACAUUCUCAAAUGUUUACAUUUGAAAUGAUGUGUCUGGGAUUUCCUUCAAAGUAAUAAGUCUGAUGUUAAGUAAAUUGGAGAUUUCACUCAAGCAAGAUCCGCCUUGGUAAUUGUUAAAACUGGGAGAUGGUUUAAUGUUUCAUUAUAUGUUCAUCACUGCUUUUGUAUGUUUGACAUUUUCCACAAUAAAAGAUUAAUAAAAAUAA